AAACAACAAACACACACAAAGUGCCUUAAGAGAUGUCUGGCUACUACCAGCGCCAGAGUCUGGAGUUGCAGGGUCCAGAGCAUAGUCGUAACAAUACCCACACCCGCACCGUGCAACUGAAUCGCACCAAUACCAAUCCCGAAUCGCGACGGCGACAACAACAGCAACAACGGGCGGCCCAAGAACGUCAGGAGUCGUGGUUCCGCCACUCGAUGCCCCCAGCUAUAAAUCGUGACUUUGAAUCGCUGGAACAGUUGACGCAGGAGACAACAAAUGGAUUGGAUGAGCAGCUCGCCGCCACGCUGGCUGCUGGCCAGGAGGAACUGCCGGCCGUUGCGAGUCACACGAGCAUACACCUCAACAGUGCCAAUAGUAAUCUGGGUUUCAUCGACUCCGAUAAUACGCCCAACACACCGAUUACCCCUGCAUCCGAAUCGAUGGCGGGCACCCUCUCCUCCUCCUGCUGUCCACCGGGCGCAGCUGCAGCCGACAAUAGUUCGUCGCGUCGCAAAUCGCGUAAUCGCAAGGGUUCGAGAGCGUCCAUCCUAUCGAAUGCGACUCGUGGUUUGCGUAUCACAACCUCAUUCCUACGCAGCAAACGCAAGGAAUAUGAAGAUGACGACGAGAUUCCACCCUUUGGCGCCUACGAAGCAGAUGAUGGGGACAGACGCGUCAUAGCCCUCAACUCGCAACAGCCAUCCAAAUAUUGCAAUAAUCGUAUAUCAACGGCUAAAUAUAAUGUCCUCACCUUUGUGCCGUCGUUCCUCUUCGAGCAGUUUCGACGAUAUUCCAAUAUAUUUUUCCUACUAAUUGCAUUACUACAACAAAUUCCGGAUGUGUCGCCAACGGGUCGCUACACCACAUUGGUGCCACUGUUAUUUAUACUCUCCGUCAGCGCCAUCAAGGAGAUUAUCGAGGAUAUUAAACGUCAUCGUGCUGAUAAUGAAAUCAAUCAUCGUUUGAUUGAACGCCUGGAGAAUGGCACUUGGAGGACUGUGCGCUGGUGCGAGCUGGUCGUGGGCGAUAUUAUAAAGGUGGUCAUCGACACAUUCUUUCCGGCCGAUCUAAUACUCUUAUCAUCCAGUGAGCCACAAGCGAUGUGCUUCAUUGAAACGGCCAAUCUGGAUGGGGAGACGAACCUGAAGAUUCGCCAGGGAAUGCCGUCGACAGCCAAACUAUUGGAAACAAAAGACUUGAUGCAAUUGCAGGGCAGAAUCGAAUGUGAAUUGCCCAAUCGACAGCUGUACGAGUUCAGUGGCGUUCUCAAGGAGUAUGGCAAACCUCUUGUUCCGCUUGGACCGGAUCAGGUGUUGCAACGUGGCGCGAUGCUGCGCAAUACGGCCUGGAUCUUUGGCGUUGUCAUCUACACGGGACACGAGACGAAGCUGAUGAAGAACUCGACAAAGGCGCCGCUGAAGCGAUCCACCGUCGACAAGCUGACCAAUACACAGAUCCUGAUGCUCUUCAUGAUACUGAUCACGCUCUGCAUCACCAGUGGACUGUGCAAUUUGUUUUGGACACAAAAACAUUCCGAUUCCGAUUGGUAUCUGGGCAUUGGGGACUUCAAGAGCAUGAGCCUGGGCUACAAUCUGCUUACGUUCUUUAUUCUAUAUAAUAAUCUGAUACCGAUAUCGUUGCAAGUCACGUUGGAGCUGGUGCGUUUCCUACAGGCGCUCUUCAUCAACUACGAUAUCGAGAUGUAUCACGAGGAAUCCAAUAUGCCGGCCAGUGCACGUACCUCCAAUCUGAACGAGGAACUCGGCCUGAUCAAGUACAUCUUCUCGGAUAAGACGGGUACUUUAACCCGCAAUGUGAUGGUCUUCAAGAAGUGUUCGAUAGCACGACGUAUCUAUAAACCGGAGCGUACACCGGAGGAAUCUGAACUGGUGCAAAAUAUACUCCGGCGACAUGAUUCCUCUGCUGAUAUUGAAGAGUUUCUCGUCCUCUUAUCCGUGUGCCACACCGUUAUACCCGAGAAGAAGGAGGAUGGCAGCAUCAUCUAUCAUGCCGCCAGUCCGGAUGAGCGGGCGCUCGUCGAUGGCGCCCGACAAUUUGGCUAUAUUUUCGAUACCCGUACGCCAGAGUAUGUGGAGAUUAAUGCGUUGGGUGAACGCCGACGCUUUCAGAUACUAAAUGUACUCGAGUUCACGUCGACCCGCAAGCGAAUGUCCGUCAUUGUGCGCACGCCGGAGGGACGCAUUAAGUUGUUCACGAAAGGGGCGGAUACGGUGAUCUAUGAGCGUUUGUCGCCGCGUCAACAGGCCUACGGAGAGAUGACGUUGCAGCAUUUAGAGGAAUUCGCCUCGGAAGGAUUGCGUACUCUGUGCCUGGCUGUGGCCGACAUCGAUGAUGAGGUGUACGAGGAAUGGUCGAGCACCUAUCACAAGGCAACGGUCGCCCUAUCAUUUCGCGAGAGUAAAAUUCAUGAUGCAGCCAAUCUGAUUGAAUCCAAUCUUCGCUUAUUGGGCGCCACAGCGAUUGAGGAUAAACUGCAGGAUGGUGUGCCAGAAACGAUUGCCGCACUGCUCGAGGCGGGCAUUUAUAUUUGGGUGUUGACCGGCGAUAAACAGGAGACGGCCAUUAAUAUUGGCUACUCGUGCAAGCUCAUCUCGCACUCCAUGGACAUUAUCAUACUCAACGAGGGCAGCUUGGAUGCCACCCGCGAUGCCAUCUUGCGGCAUUGUGGCGAAUUCAAGAGCACCAUGGCCAAGGAUGCAAACGUGGCACUGGUCAUCGAUGGCAAGACCUUAAAGUAUGCGCUGACCUGUGAUUUGCGUGGUGAUUUCCAGGAAUUGUGUCUAAUCUGUCGCGUCGUCAUCUGUUGCCGUGUGUCGCCCAUGCAAAAGGCCGAAGUCGUCGACAUGGUCACGCAUAGUACAAAGGCGGUCACACUCGCAAUUGGAGAUGGAGCCAAUGAUGUGGCUAUGAUCCAGAAGGCCAGUGUUGGCAUUGGCAUCUCGGGUGUGGAGGGUUUGCAGGCGGCAUGCGCCUCCGAUUAUUCAAUUGCCCAGUUUCGUUAUUUGCGUCGCUUGAUUCUCGUCCAUGGCGCCUGGAACUAUGCGCGGAUCAGCAAACUAAUCCUCUAUAGCUUUUACAAGAAUGUCUGCUUGUAUGUCAUUGAACUGUGGUUCGCAGUCUACUCGGGCUGGUCGGGACAAAUCCUGUUCGAGCGCUGGACAAUUGGUCUUUACAAUGUGCUGUUCACAGCGAUGCCACCAUUUGCCAUCGGGCUCUUUGAGAAGUUCUGCACGGCGGACACGAUGCUGAAGUAUCCGUUCUUGUACAAACCAUCGCAGAAUGCCAAAUUGUUUAAUGUGAAAGUGUUCUGGAUCUGGAUAUUUAAUGCCCUGCUGCACUCCGUAUUCCUCUUCUGGCUGCCGUUGUUCGCCUUCCAGGACGAGGUGAUUUGGGCGGAUGGCAAAACCAGUGAUUAUCUACUGCUCGGCAAUAUGGUUUAUACGUAUGUCAUAAUAACUGUCUGCUUGAAGGCUGGCCUGAUAACGAGCUCGUGGACCUGGUUAACGCAUGCCGCCAUUUGGGGUUCGAUAGUGCUCUGGUUCCUGUUUGUUGUAGUCUAUAGCCACUUUUGGCCAACGUUGGCGUUUGCAAGCAACUUUGCCGGCAUGGAUAUCCAGAUGCUGUCGACGCCUGUCUUUUGGCUGGGCCUGAUCCUGGUGCCCAUUACCAGUCUGCUCAUUGAUGUGAUCUGUAAACUUGUACACAAUACAGUUUUUAAGACACUGACCGAAGCGGUGCGGGAAUCGGAAAUUCAGCGCAACGAUCUCUCCCAGGUGAUGGAAGAGUCGCGCUCCUCAUUCACUGAAACGGCGAGAUUGCUACGUAAUGUUUUCACACGUCGUGCCAACACAAGAGUCGAAACGGAACUAGAAUUAUCGCAUGGCUAUGCAUUUUCUCAAGAGGAAGGCGGCGCUGUGCCGCAAUCAAUUGUUAUACGAGCCUAUGACACGAAUUUGCCCAAACCGGAGGGAAAUUAGGCGGAGGAAUGCGUCUAGAAUUUUGGAAAAAGUAAUGCUUGUGUGUCUGUCAUCUGCUGUGUAAAAGGGCCAAAGAAAAUAAACCAUUUAAAUACAUAUUUUAAGUAUACUUUAAAAACAUAUAAAAUCAAAAGAUAAAUCCAAUCAAUGUUAAUACAAACUGCAACUUUUUGUGAACACUCACACACACAACACACACACUCUUUUUCUGGUAUUAAUGCAUCAAGAUAUUCUACAUGUGUCUUACAUUACUAUUUUUUUAUAAAUGCUGCAUAUGAUAACUUAAAUAUGUAUUUGUAUCUUAAUUGUUAAUUAUUUGAUAAGUCUUAAAAAAAAAAACACUUAAAUAAAGUCGUUAGAAGCAGUUUAUUUCUUUGUA